AUGGACGCCACGGCAUGCAUGCGACAACCCCCUGAUGAACUAAUCGAGGCAAAGGAGUACAAAGUUGUGUGCUACUUCACCAACUGGGCACAGUACCGACCGGACUACGGUAGGUUCGUCGCGGGGGACAUCGACCCGUUUCUCUGCACCCACUUGAUCUUCAGCUUCGCUAAACUCAGCGACUCGUACAACAACCGCCUGGAGCCGUACGAGUGGAAUGACGAGUCAACAGAAUGGAGUGUAGGAAGCUACGAAGCCUUUAACAACCUGAAGACCAAGAACCCCAGGUUGAAGACGCUCCUUGCAGUAGGAGGCUGGACUCACGGAGUGGACAAGUUCUCUUACAUGGUGGAGACAGCUGCGAGGAGAGGGGUGUUCGUGCGGGACGCCAUUGCCUAUCUUCGCCAGAGGGGUUUCGAUGGGCUUGAUUUGGACUGGGAGUUCCCUGGCUCCAGAGGGAGCCCCGCCAUUGAUAAACAACGGUUCACCUUGCUUGUUCAGGAGCUCAGCGAAGGGUUUGCAGCGGAGGCUGACAGAACGGAACAAGAGCGCCUCCUAUUGACGUCAGCAGUUUCAGCCGGAUCAGAAACGAUUAAAAACGGCUACGAAAUCAAGAAAAUUACCAGUGCUCUAGAUUUUAUAAACCUUCUAUCGUACGAUCUUCACGGUCAGUGGGAGCCUGUCACAGGGCACCAUACCGCCCUCUAUCCUGGUUCAACAGAUGUUGGUGACAACGCUUUUCUCACAGUGUCCAAUGCCGUCAAUAUUUGGCUGAGUGGAGGUACGCCUCCGUCUAAGCUUGUACUGGGUAUGGGUCUGUUCGGUCGCUCCUUUACACUCAGCGGGCCAGACACGGGCAUCGGUGCCCCAGCAAGGGGCGGAGGUAUGCCAGGCCCUAUCACGGCAGAGACGGGAUUUCUAUCGUAUUACGAGAUCUGCACACAACUAAACGACGGCAGACUGACUUCAGUGUGGGACAAUGAGCGUCUGGUGCCAUAUGCUUACUACGAAAAUCAAUGGGUUGGCUAUGACGAUGAAGCAAGUCUCCGGAUUAAGGUGGAUUAUCUGAAGGAAAAGAAACUUGGAGGUGCAAUGGUCUGGGCUAUUGACAUGGAUGAUUUCAAUGGAAUUUGCGGCGAGAGGUGGCCCUUAAUGAAAGCCAUCAAUAGCGCCCUCGGUCUCGAAGGAGAUGGUCCCGAAAGCACCGACGAACCAACACCGAGUGCAGCAGUGACUGAUCAACCGGCCACCAAAUCAACGGCCACCAAUUCACCGACUACCAAUUCACUGGCCACCAAUUCGCCGGCCACCAAUUCGCCAGCCACCAAUUCGCCAGCCACCAAUUCACCGGCCACCAAUUCAACGGCCACCAAUUCACCGACUACCAAUUCAUCGGCCACCAAUUUGCCGGCCACCAAUUUGCCGGCCACCAAUUCGCCGGCCACCAAUUCACCGUCCACCAAUUCUCCGGCCACCAAUUCACCGGCCACCAAUGCGCCGGUCACAAACACACCUCAAUACACCAGCAAACCAGCCACCACCGAUUUUGGAUGUCAGGGCAAGACGAAUGGUUAUCACCCAGAUCCCGAACAUUGCAGUAUGUACUACAUCUGCAACAAUGGUGUCUAUACCCGCUUACCGUGCCCCAGUAAUCUCUACUACGACCCGCAGAGCAGUACCUGCAACUUCCCCAAUUUGGUGCCGUGCAACGCGCCGAACCUCCCGCUGUUCUGCGACGAUCGCGCGGAUGGUAUAUACACGGACCCGGAAGAUUGCACCAGAUUCUACCAAUGCUCAGGCAAGCUUACCUACUCCACGUUAUGUCCGAACGGACUCUACUGGAAUGACAACCUCAGUGUUUGUGAUUGGCCAUAUAAUGUCAACUGUGGUGAUCGAUCCCAGUAGUUGAGAGUGUCUGACUGCAAUUACGAUACACGAAGAAGUAAAAGGCACUGGACACUAUUGGUAAUUAAUCAAAAUAAUUGCGUUAAAAACUUAGAUGGUAACGAGCCA